AUGGCUUUAGGUUAUAUUGCAUUCUGGAAUAUAUAUGGCCGUGGGAGACUUUUUGCUUAUUUCUCUAGUUCAAGAGAGAGAUCCACAGUCAGUGACGUGGCAGUUGAUGACAAGGACUUCCUCUUGUAUGCAGGAGACCAACUGGGCUUUCUCUAUAUCUGGAACAUUGCAGAAUAUGCCAUUAAUGGCCCAGAAGCCAAGCCACCAGUUUUACUUCACAGCUGGAACACUCACAACUGCAGCAUAACCAGCAUCAGCCUUAUGAAUGAGCACCAGCUUCUCCUCACUACUUCUUUAGACUAUAAUGCAAAGUUGUGGAGCCUAAAAGGGGAAUAUAUAGGUACAUUUGGUCAAAGAGAACCAUGGAACAUAAAAGAGAAGUCAUCUUGGGGACUAUCAGAAUCCAACCCAAGUUCAGAAACUACCUCUGACUCUUUUGGACAGGAAUCUACAAGAACCUUUGACACACAGAAGAAAUCCAAGAUGGAUGCUGAGAUGAUUUGGGACACUUGCACUUCAAAGAUGGUAACAGAUGAUGAACUUGCUGAAGAAUUGAAGCAAAGGCAGAUAGACAGACUACACAGGUGUGUACAACUUGGAUUUAAAUCCUCUUUAUUCACCGACAACAUACUGGCCCAUACUAGGUUAACUUAA